CGCAUGAGAUUAUGUCCAAGAUAUAAGUUAAACGAAUAGUACAGUUUCCUUAACUUACACAAGAGGGCAAUGUUGGAUCAUAAAGUUGAACACGCCCCACAGCACAACUUCCAAUAUAAUGAACAGGACUAAAUGAAAAACGCUCAGAGCACUAUUAGACGUGAUUUAUUUUGUCAACGCACUCAAAAAACACUCUUCUUGUAUUAGUCAGUCGUCCAAUUUGAAAAUGUGAGAAUUUCCAUUCUUCCGCAGCCUUUGAAUGCAACCCUGCUACCCAAAGACAAUGUGAUUGGCUACUUGGUAGUCACAAGCCAACCAACUAUUGAUUUGAUUGGACAGACGGUACAUGGACUACGGAAGUGUGUCGAACCAUGAUAAGUACCUUAUGGAAGUCACAUACGCUGCAAACUUUUAUCAAUAAUACUAGGUUGAUCCGCAUUUUGUAUUGAAAGGACAACUUUGACAUAACUUCUUUUUGUUAUUCGUAGUUUGUCAUUUCGUGUUGUAUUCGCUGUUCGUAUCUUUAAGAUAGCCAAAUGACUAAGUAGCGUUUAGCACAACAUUAUCAUCCAAACAUGAGGGCACUCAUUCUGCAGUCUGUGGGCAGACUGAAACGAGGCGUGUUUUUUGCACCGGUUUCUGCUCAGUGGAGCAAUCAGAGGAUCAGACAUGCUAGCAACAACGUGCCCAAAGAAGAAGGAAGGUACUACAUUACCACCCCCAUCUUUUAUGUCAACGCUUCUCCUCAUUUGGGGCAUUUGUACUCGGCGGUUUUAGCUGACUGCAUGCACCGAUACAAGCUUCUUCAGGGAUUCCACUCAAAAUUUGCAACAGGAACAGAUGAACACGGCUUAAAAAUCCAACAGGCUGCCGAUGCAUCUGGAGAGGACCCCUUCAUCUUCUGCACCAGCGUCUCCCAGAGAUUCAGACGCCUCUUCAGCAGCUGCAACGUGUCCUUCACUGACUACAUCAGGACCACGGAGGAGAGGCACCGGCAGGCUGUGGAGCACUUCUGGUGCCUGCUGCGCGACAAGGGACUCAUCUAUAAGGGCAGCUACGAAGGCUGGUACUGCACGCCGGACGAGAGCUUCCUCACAUCGUUGCAGGUCGCCGACUCUGUGGACUCAUCGGGAGAGGCCAUCAAGGUGUCGCUGGAGAGUGGGCACAAGGUGGAAUGGUUAAAAGAGGAGAACUACAUGUUCCGUUUGUCCGCCUUUCGGACUCAACUCCUGGACUGGCUCCACAACAACCCCGAUGCUAUCCAGCCUGAGCGUUUCCGCCAGGAUGUUCUCCAGUGGCUGCAGGACGACCUUCCGGACCUUUCUGUGUCCCGCCAGAGAAGUCGCCUCCAGUGGGGGAUCGCCGUGCCGGGGGAUCCCGAUCACACUAUUUACGUGUGGUUGGACGCUCUGGUCAACUACCUCACGGUGGCCGGUUACCCUGGCAACCACCAACGCUGGUGGAGCGUCUUACGUCACAUUGUUGGCAAAGACAUCCUGAAAUUCCACGCCAUCUACUGGCCGUCGUUCCUUCUUGGGGCAGGGCUGCCGUUGCCCCGUUCCUUAUAUGUGCACUCCCACUGGACAGUCGGUGGGAAAAAGAUGUCUAAAAGUUUGGGCAAUGUCGUGGACCCCUUUGAGUGCUCACAGGUGUUCACCACAGACGGUUUGAGGUACUUCCUGCUGCGUCAAGGCGUGCCUGAUUCCGACUGCGAUUACACGGACGACAAAGUCAUCAAGCUGCUCAACGCGGAGUUGGCCGAUUCUCUUGGUGGCCUCUUGAACCGCUGCACUUCUCUUGCUUUGAACCCCGGCCAGAUUUAUCCACCCUUCUGCUCUCAGUCUUUCCUCAGAAUGCAGGACCCAGAAGACUCCCACAUGCUGGAUGCUGUUCGAAACCUCCCAUCUGUGGUGGAGCAUCACUACGACACCUUGCAUAUCUACAAAGCCUUGGAGACCAUCGCUUCCCGCGUGAGGCAAACUAACGCCUUUGUUCACCGCCACACGCCAUGGAAGUUAAACAGGCUGGAUGAAGGAGAACGACGUCGGCUGGACACCAUCAUGCACAUCUCCUUUGAGUGUCUCAGAAUUUACGGCAUCCUCCUCCAGCCCGCCGUGCCGGUGCUGGCUGACAAGCUGCUGUCCAGACUCGGUGUGCGAGCAGACGAGAGGAAGUGGACAGACCUAGACUUCCGGCCGAGCGAUAAGGGGACACACUGCCCUUUCCGAGGGAGAUCACUGGGUCCUGACACAGGGGUGCUUUUUAGUCGUCUGGAACGUCCCAAUGAAGAGAAGCCAAACAAAGCUAAUAAGAAACAGACAAAGUGACCGAACAAAAUCAUAUUUAUAAAUGACUUUGGCUCCUUGUAGUACUGCAACAAUUAAUGGAUGGUUAAUUAACUACCAAAUUAAUUUAUUUUGAGCAGACAUAUUAUUUUUGUGUUUAGCCUAAAUUAUAUUCACACUUACCUGCUUUGGCUUUGGAAAACAGUGAUGGACAUUUUUUUUUCUGGAGCCAACCACUACCUGUAGGUGUUUGCUUGAUAUACAUUUGGUCCAUUUAAGCCCUAACCUAUUACUCCAUUCAUUGAAACAAGCUUCAGAUUAAUCGACUAAGAAAACAUCAUGAUACUGAAAGUACUUGACAAACAUUCAGAUUUUUAAAAAUUAUUCAACAUUUUAUUCAAGAGGCAACCUGGCGUUUGUGCACUCAUUUGAUCUGUCAGUGCAAAUCUAUUUCUCAAUAAAGACGCAGAAAUAAAAUGUCUUUUAAAUCCGAUUCAGCGAUUAAUCGAAAGAUAAUUUGGUUAUUAAAAUUGUUAGUUCCAGCCCCAGCUCCUACUUGCACUUUGUGGAAAGUAUCAUUAAAUAUGUCAGCUGAUAUGAAGCACAAUUUAAACGUUUAAAGGGGUUGUUUUGGUUUAUUUCACAUCAGUUAUUCCGAAUAAAAUACUCACCAUGGCCUUGGGGUGAUGAGAGGAAAAUUGAGUUGGUUUGUAGCGCAGCUCAACUUGUGGUAGAUUUUAAUACUCGUUUAAAAAUCUUUUUGUAGCUGUUCAUUGCGUCUUUUAAUGUCCAAGUUCAAUUCAAGAGAAAUCAGGCUAAACAAGCGUAUUACGACUGCUAAUAGCUAGCUUACCAUGUCCGCCCUCGUGUUCGUUAAUUAUAUGACGUCAUUCGACAAGCCCACACGUUUACUCUAUCAAGUGUAGUUUGAAACAAAUCUUGUAUAAUAUUCGGUGACAAAAAGCUACAAUUUUAACAUAACAUAAAUGUUGAAAAAUGUUCAUUGAUUCGUUUAAACCUGAAAUAUACUGAAUUUAUCGUAUUUGACCUAUUCAGGUUUUUUUUGUUCUCGGCCUGUGUGUGUUUUAGAGGAUUUUUUAUUGGAGUAACAGCUCUCCCUAGUGGACGAUCAGUAAAUAACCCACGAUCACAACCACCAUAUGAAACAUGAAUGUCCAUUGAGAGGCUGAAAGUGACCAAACAAAAACACUUUCAUUCUUGGCAAAGACAGUUGUGCCACCCGAGACAAGACAUCUUUUCCAGGUUUAUCAUCAAACUUUUCAUUGACAUUUUUUUCCAAAUUAAAUACAGUACAGCCAAGCCAACACAAGACAUUAACAAGACAUAAAAACUGACAUGAUU